AAAUAAUCGACGUCAAAGCUGUCAAAUAUGGCGAGCUCAGCGCGAUGUGAUUGACAUGUAAAAAUGCGAUUAGGGCCAUUGUUGCCAGUGAAUUCGUGAUAUUAUAAAGCACCGCGUUGUGCUCGAUAGAACUGAUAAUAUGUAAGAUUCUAAAGAAGCCGGAAGUUAUCGAUAUGCGUUAAAAAUUCGUCCUCGGCGUAAUCGUAGCCGGGGGUGAUAUACAUACAAGGGGAAUGAUAAUUGGGGAAUUAUGGGUGCUCAACCGACUAAAGACAGAGUGAUUCCUGCCGGGUCUGCUAUUCGACAAACUCGGAAACAACCCAGGAAUCCAAAGGACUCACGUAUCAUCGGAUCAAAUAUUUUCACCGAGCACAGUGAAGCCUUACUUCAGAGCAGACCUCUUCCUCACAUUCCUGCAUUACCAGAAGGUGAUCCUCCAAGUUGCUCUAGUUUACAAACAUAUUCUCAACAAUCGGGCCUUCAGCAUGUCAAUGUGCCCAGUGGUGGUCUUUUGGACGCUGCUAAUAGAUGGACGAGUAAAGAAAAUCUUCUCGCUCAAGAAGAAGACGAUCCACAAUUAUUCCUAGCGCUUUAUGAUUUUCAAGCCGGUGGAGAGAAUCAACUUAGUUUGAAAAAGGGUGAACAAGUACGUAUUCUCAGCUACAAUAAAAGUGGUGAAUGGUGCGAGGCACAUUCAAGUGCCGGUCAAGUGGGCUGGGUUCCUUCUAAUUAUGUGACACCAGUGAAUUCAUUAGAGAAACAUUCUUGGUAUCAUGGAAGAAUAUCGAGAAAUGCCGCGGAAUAUUUAUUAAGUUCGGGUAUAAAUGGAAGUUUUUUGGUUCGCGAAUCAGAAAGUAGUCCAGGACAACGGAGUAUUUCAUUGCGUUACGAGGGUCGUGUUUAUCAUUAUCGAAUAAACGAAGACAACGAAGGAAAAAUGUUCGUGACAACUGAGAGUAAAUUUAACACAUUAGCAGAAUUAGUUCAUCAUCAUUCAAUGUUGAGCGAUGGAUUAAUAACACAACUUCUUUAUCCUGCACCGAAACAAAAUAAACCGACUGUCUUUCCAUUAAGUCCUGAACCCGACGAAUGGGAAAUUAAUCGCACGGACAUUGUAAUGAGGCAUAAAUUAGGCGGCGGACAAUAUGGAGACGUAUACGAAGCUGUUUGGAAGAGAUAUAACAUGACAGUAGCUGUAAAAACAUUAAAAGAGGAUACAAUGGCAUUGAAAGACUUUUUAGAAGAAGCGGCAAUAAUGAAGGAAAUGAAGCACAGGAAUUUGGUACAAUUAAUAGGCGUUUGUACUAGAGAGCCACCUUUUUAUAUAAUUACCGAAUUUAUGAGUAAAGGAAAUCUUUUAGAUUAUUUACGCAAUGAAAGUAAACAUCAAAUUAAUGCCGUUGUUUUAAUGCACAUGGCCACACAAAUUGCAAGUGGAAUGAGUUACCUUGAAAGUCGAAAUUUUAUUCACAGGGAUUUAGCGGCGAGAAAUUGUCUCGUGGGUGAAAAUCAUUUAGUAAAAGUGGCUGAUUUUGGUCUAGCACGACUAAUGAGAGAUGAUACCUAUACAGCUCAUGCCGGUGCAAAAUUUCCAAUAAAAUGGACAGCGCCCGAAGGAUUAGCUUAUAAUAAAUUUUCAACAAAAUCCGAUGUUUGGGCAUUUGGAAUUUUACUUUGGGAAAUUGCAACUUAUGGAAUGUCACCAUAUCCAGGUGUUGAUCUCACGGAUGUUUAUCAUAUGUUGGAAAAAGGAUAUCGAAUGGAAUGUCCACCUGGUUGUCCGCCAAAAGUUUAUGAAUUAAUGCGUCAAUGUUGGCAAUGGUCGGCUAUGGAGCGACCAACAUUUAAAGAAAUUCAUCAUUCCCUUGAAAAUAUGUUUCAAGAAUCUAGUAUUACUGAAGAGGUGGAAAAACAAUUACAAAGCGGUGGUGAAAUUCCUUUGUUGGGAUAUAAAAAAUCACAAACGGGAAGUACGGGAAAUAUUCAUGGACUUGUAUUAGUUUCCGAUCAAUUGCCAUCUGGUUUGACUCAAGAAGGAGCCACUCCAGUUUCGAAAUUAAGUACAUUUAUGGGCGGAUUGUCAAGUAAAGGAAACAGUAAUUCGGUGCAAAUGCGACGAUCGACAAAUAAAAAAGGAAAACAAGCUCCUGCACCACCAAAGCGUACUAGCCUGCUAUCGUCGUGCAGCUCUUUUCGCGAUUCAGCCUACCAGGAUCAAGAACAACAGAAUGCCGAUAUUGGCACUGCGAUACUCGACGAUGGCACGGAUAUAAAUGGUAUCACACGAGAUAUCAUAACAAUGGCGACACAAUCAAUAAAUGCAGGAAUUUGUGAUGUGGAUGACGAUGGCGAUGGCUCUCAAGAAACGGCAGAGACAAAUUUCCCACCGCAACCGUCAACAUCGCCUGAACCCGUACAGUGCAACCAAAAACAAAUAAAAACGCGAACAUAUCCGCCUAAGGAAGUACCGCCUCAGAAGUUGGUACACGUGGGAGCUUUAGAGGUGCAAAAUGUUAAGAGGGCUAUCAAUCGUUAUGGAACAUUACCGAAGGGUGCACGAAUUGGAGCAUAUCUUGAGUCACUUCGUCAAAGUGGAAUGCCAUCGAAUCAACAAGAUUCAUCAACAUUAACAACGGCCAUUGAACAACAUGAAUUCACAAAUCCAGGUGAUAUUUCACAACAUCGUUCUUUAUCGCCAAGGCAAAAUAAUCUUCGCAAUCAACCGCAAAUGACACGUAGUAAUUCAUCAAGUGGUGUGGUUAAUACUUAUCAACCACCAAAUUCACCACGUAGUCGUGCAGUUGCGGCAAGAAAAAAUAAUAGUGAAAAUGUUGGCUUAAAAACAUUCCGCGUUAAUAAUACCUCAACAUUUCGUACAGCAAGUCCCUCGCGACCAAUUCAACCGACAUUAGCCGAUCUUGAAUUUCCACCGCCACCGCCUUUAGAUUUAUCGCCACUUCAUAAUGAUUCCUUUAAUGUUAAUGAACAAUUUGAUCUUCCCCCACCGAUUUUGAUCUCACCGAGUGGUAAUAAUUCAUUGCUAAAAACUCUGAGUUCACCAAUUGGUAUGCGAAAAGUAAAAGACUGGAAAUUUAAAGAGGAAUCAAGUGAGGAGGAACGCAAUAGCGAUGUACAAAAUGCUGAACCAUCGGUGAAAGAAGCAAGUUCAAGAUUUGGUGUUAGCUUAAGACGAAGGGAAGAUACGAUAACGGAGAAAAAUUGUAAAACACCGGAUUUAUCAUCAAGACAGAGAAUAAAGGAACAAAGUCUCGAGACAAAAAAUACAUCACCACCUGAGGAAUCCCCACCACCACCGCCUCCACCACCACCACCUAGUUCUAGUCUCGAUACAUUUAAUUCAAAACCCGGUAUGAAGGAAAUGCUCGAAUUAAAAUUAAUCAAUGAGAUAAAACAAUCAUCCGAUAAAAAGCAUACAAAUAUUAAAAAAGUCAGUUCUUCCAAUAAUGUCACAUCCGUUCCACUUGAUCCCGCAUCACAAUUACUUUCCGAAUUAUGCGCAACAUUUAGCAUGGAUUCAAAACAACCAAUACAAAAUGAAUAUGCAAUUGCAAAUUUAAAUCCACCCGAUCAAGAUUAUGAGAAACCGAUAGUUAAAGAAAUUUCACCAAUCGUUGAAAUGAAUGUUAAUGCAGGAUUUAAAUUACUUAAAAAAGUUGACAAAAAACCACAAAAGGAAGAAAGUACCGAUAGUCAAAUAAUUGAUUUUAAAGCACGUUUAAGAAAGAUCGAUGCCGAUGAUAAAAAUAAAAAAGAAGAAGGUCACGAAUCACUUGAAUCAAUUGUUGAAGUUGAACAAGAUGACAAAAGACGCAGUACAGGGAGUAUAAGUAGUUUGAAAAAAUUAUGGGAAAAUAAAGAAGCAGGUGGUGAAAAUCAACCAUUAAGUCCAAAAUUAGGAGCACGUUCUGGCAAUAAAGAAGAUGAAGAAUCACCUGAAGAUCAUAGUGGUGCUUCAACAAAAAGUUCAGGUAAAACAAUAUGGCCACCGAUUGUGUCAUCAAUUAAUGAAAGUGAAAAACCAAUUGUACCGGCAAAACCAACAAAAUCAUUGGUGACAACUAAUAAACCAUCGAUAUAUGCAACUCCAAAUUGUAAUAAAUCACAGGACGAUGAUUUAGGAAACAAGAGUGACACCAAAGGAGCAAAGAACAAUGUUAUUGAGAUUUCAAACGUGAUUGAUAAUAGUAUUAUACAUUUGAAGAGCAGCACAACAAUAGUCAUUGCAAGUUGGUUGCAGCUCUCUGACAAAGUUGGAUUAUUGCAUGGUAUGUGCGUUAAUUUAACGGACACUUCAAUAUCGCCUCAUGCAAAAUUUCAAUUUCGCGAUUUACUCACACGUCUCGAGCUUCAGGCACGACAAUUGAGAGCUGCCGGUACUCGCAAUAUUGCAGAGAAUACAAGACUACUAAGUGAUGUUCAAAAUACGAUAAAAGAUGUUAUCAAUAUGGUGCAAAGGUAAAAAAUUGUUCGAAAAAAAGGGGAAAAAUCAAAAACACAAUCUCUUUCAAGAGAUUCUCUUCCUGUGCAUUUUUUUUUUUUUUUGUCCCAAUUUUAAUUAUAGAUUUUCGAUUAAUCAUGGGACGUGAAUUUUUAAAUUCUAAUUUGACACGAUUUUAAUAAAUUUUUUUCAUAUCAUUUUAUAAUAGAAAAGGAAUGCUUUUUUUAAACUUAUUUUUCUUCUAUCGAAUAAUGAAAUAUUAAUUUUUAUUCAUGAAUUUGAAAAUCAAAAUCGAUAUUUCACUUCCUUUUCUUUUGGAUUGAAAAAAAAACUUCUGUGUAUUGUACAGGAGUCAGAGAGAGUCCCAAGAGAACUUUAUACGAAACAAAAUAUGAAUAUCGCUUAUUUAUAUAUUAUAAAUACAAAAUAGACAAUAUAAAACUUUUUUAUAUACAUUGUAUGAAUCAGCGAGACAAGAAAAAAAAAUACAAAAAAAAAACAAAAAAAAAAUCACUGUAAUUAAGCCAGGUUUUUAAGCGAUGCACUCUUGAGAAAUUUUUAUAUUCUUACAAAGUCUUAUGUGUAUGAUAAGACUUAAGAGAGAUUAUUUUUGUCGUAGCCAUUUUCCGAAGUGUGUACAGUUAAUAACUACAUUAAAAAAAAAAAAAGCAAAAAAAAAAAAAAAAAAAAAUUGCAGCACUAUCUUUUGUGGACUGCUUUUUACGAGAAUUUGAUUUUAACGCAUGAA